CUGUUUUUAGAGCAGCAGCGUCACAUGUUGUUUUGCUCCAGGAUCAGAUCAGUGCCUGGUGUACCGUGGCGCACAGCGGACGCACCAGUGUCUGCUAUGGAUUAGACUGAUAUAACAACAAACGGGUUCUAUCUUUAUAAAGUUUAUUUUUUAAAAAGGCGAGUUUGUUUAUUUAUUUUAUUUUAUUUUGAAAAAACAAGUUGCUUAUUUUGCAACUUGUAAAUAUCCCAGGUGAAGAAAUGGCAAGUCCUCCGGCGGCAGGAGGACACCUGUUAUCCAAUGGCACGAACGGUGUGAAGAAAUGCGGAUACCUGAGGAAGCAGAAACACGGACACAGGCGCUUCUUCGUGCUCCGGGAGUCGACCGAGCGAUGCCCUGCCCGCCUGGAGUAUUAUGAAAGCGAGAAGAAAUGGAGAAACAAGUCCGCCGCGAAACGGGUCAUAACUUUGGACACCUGUCUGUGCGUAAACAAGCGCGCCGACGCCAAACACAAGCACCUCAUCGCCCUCUACACCAAGGACGAGUACUUCGCCGUGGCUGCGGACAACGAGCAGGAGCAAGAGAGCUGGUACACGGUUCUGACUGAUCUCAUAGCUGAGGGGAAAGUGUACGACAGUCCUGCUUCCACCUCCUCUUUAGUGGGCUUUGAGGAAGCCAGCUACGGACUUAUUACUCCUGCAACAGCCGCAUAUAAAGAGGUAUGGCAGGUCAACUUGAAAUCCAAAGGUUUGGGUCAGAUCAAAAACCUCACUGGUGUGUACAGGCUGUGUUUGUCCAGCCGGACCAUCAGCUUUGUCAAACUGAACUCAGAGACAGCUGCUGUCAGUUUACAGCUCAUGAACAUUCGGAGAUGUGGCCACUCGGACAGCUUCUUCUUCAUAGAGGUGGGUCGGUCAGCGGUCACUGGUCCUGGGGAGUUCUGGAUGCAGGCGGAGGACUCAGUGGUAGCUCAGAACAUCCACGAGACCAUCCUUGAAGCCAUGAAGGCCAUGAAGGAGCUGUCUGAGUUCAGGCCGCGGAGCAAAAGCCAGUCUGCCAGCACUAACCCCAUCUCCGUGCCCACACGACGCAACCUCAACAACCUCCCCCCCAGUCAGACGGGCCUGGUGAGGAGAUCCAGGACAGAUAGCAUGGCAGCCACGUCCCCUGGGAGAAAGUUCACAUCUUGUCGGAUAAGAACGGCCAGCGAGGGAGACGGAAGUGUGACCCGGCCUGUGUCCAUGUCUAUAUCUGUGACCGGGAGUCCCACCAGUCCAAACUCUGGGAACCACCUCAGCAGGUCUCACACCCUCAGCAGUGGACGUACCUGCGUAAUGCUUGAGUCCGCCUCCAACCUGCAUCACAGCAGGUCCAUGCCGGUGUCCAACUCCCCUCCGGCUGCCUCCAGCCCCAUCAGCAUGUCUCCCAGAGGGGGGGCUAGUAUCUCCACUCCUGACAAAGCCAGGCGACCUUUCAGCUGCAGCGCCUCCAUCUCUGGCUCCCUGAGCGACACUGGCUUCAUGCUGUGUGACGAUUACAGCUCCAGCCUAAGUGAGGCCAGAUUCCUCCCCCUGACCCGCAGUGACACCCCUGACUCUUUGUCCAGCACGCCUCCAUCUCGUGACAUCAGUGACCCUUGUGGCUACAUGAUAAUGGAGGGGGCAAACGGCAACAGGUCUGGGGCCUACAGCGAGGGUCUGGCGUUUGAUAAGGCUUACAGGAAGCGGACACACUCCCUCACCACACCACGUCAACAGAGGGUGGUGGCGCCGCUGUCCUCGGCCUCUCUGGAUGAGUACACACUCAUGAGGAUGGCACAUGGACACAACUCCCACUCCGCCUCACCCAAAGUUUGCUACCCCGAGGAUUAUGGAGACAUUGAAAUCGGUUCAUCCAGGAGCUCCAGUAGUAACCUUGCAGAUGAUGGCUACAUGCCGAUGACGCCAGGUGUGGCAUCCCAGUCUGGCAAGGUAGACAACUACGUACCCAUGAGCCCCAUGUGUGUCUCCGCACCGAAGCAGAUUGUGAACCCUAGGGUGCAUCCUCAGGCGGCUGCCAGCAACGGCUACAAGACCAACUCCCCCUGCAACAGCUCUCUGGAGGACAACGGCUACAUGAGAAUGUGGUGUGGCUCCAAAUCCUCCAUGGAGAGCCCAGACAGGAACGGCGAAUACAUGAACAUGUCACCUGGAAACCCACCUCCACUCCAGACCCCCCCUGAUUACUACAUGGGGAUGCUGGCUGGUGAACCUGCGUCAGUGAGGCCGGCUUACCAGGGCGGCUCCCUCACGCUGCCAGCUAAACUUCAUGCCGCCAAGAAUGAGGAGAACAGCCAGUAUGUGUUGAUGAGCCCUCAGAGUUCCAGGCAGAGGGCGGGGGAGUCAGACUAUUAUUCAGUGAUGCAUCCCAGUGGAGCUCAGACCUCACCGCUGAGCCCAUCGGUUCCCUCUCCAUCCAGGCACAACCGGGCAGAGACCCUGCCCUACAGAGGGAGGCUGGGCAGGCCUAACAGGCUAUCCCUAGACACCCUGAGGACCCUGCCCAGCAUGAACGAGCACCCCUUGCCCGGAGAACCCCGGAGCCCUGGGGAGUACAUCAACAUUGACUUCAGUAGUGGCACCAGAUUCUCCCCUCCAUCCACUGUAUCAACAGAGAGCCAGUCUUCAUCACUGGGCUCCAGUGGCGGGUGCCCGGGGAGGUCCUCUCUGACAGACUACAUAAACCUGGAGCUGGGCUCGCACUCACCCAAGGAGGCUGACACAGCCGCUGAGCGAUUGGACACACUCCCAGAGUUGUCAAUGUGCCCCUGCUCAGAGGAGGAUGGAGUGUACCAUCUGGACGGUGAGAAAAGGUCUCCGGGCCUCUGUGACGAGGUGAAAAAUGACUACACUGAGAUGACAUUUGGGAUGACCAGCUCGCCUCCACAGCUUGUUCCCCAGAACACAGCAAGCAGCCAGAGCACCAGGGAGCGAAGGCUCUCUCUGGAGGACCAGGGAGUCCCAGAAGGCAUUGGGGUGUUCUUGCUUGGGGCAAACUCCUCUCCCACAGUGGACCCCGACUGCUCUGCCAAGGUGAUCCGGGCCAAUCCGCAGGGACGUCGGCGCCACAGCUCAGAGACCUUCUCAUCUACCGCCACGGUGACGCCGGUCUUCCCCUCUUUCGCCCGAGGCGACGCAGUCAAGAGGCACAGCUCGGUGGAGAACAUCUCGUCCCGGAGCAGCGAGGGCUCCGACGAGGAGUACGGCAGCCCCGUGAACCGGCAGAACUCGGCCGGCUACCCCAAUGGACUGAACUACAUUGCCUUGAACCUGCUGGACAACAGGGACGUGGAGAAGUGCGAAGACCUGGCCGGCUUCAAACCCACAAGCAGCUGCAAAGGUGGCAUCAAUGGAUUACACAGCACACCAUAUGUCUGUCUGGGAUUCAAGGAGGCUGCAACCACUGCCAAAGAUUGAAGGACUCCUGUACCCUCUGACUUGGCGUCUUCACCGACCUGCUGCUCGAAAAAAAAUCAAAAUCAAAAAACAAACUUUGCCCUUCCACUGGGCUCUGUGGCCCUAAAAGACUGUAUGAAACCCUCAGCGACACACACACACACACACACACACACACACACACACACACACCAUCUAUGCAUGACAUGAAUUUCCUGAAAGCGGGACAGGUGUGUUUGUGUACACGUGUGAAUGUGUGUGUGUUUGGGGGGGGGAGGAUCUGUGUGUGUGUGUGUGUGUGUUGUGUAUUGUUGGUGUGUCUCAUGUUCCCUGCGCCUUCAGAGGCCAUUUCUCUCCUCUGACCCAAAUUUUGGCGCGAGCACAGAGAUAGUCAAGACGAUAACAAAACUCGGAACGGUACCCAGAUACUAUUUAUUUACUUGAGGGUAGUUUUAUGACCGCCUGUAUGCUGGUAUGUCAGUGAACAAUGAAACCUACUAUAGAAACAGCCCAGGGAGCGAGGAAACCAAGGUACACUGAGUAUAUAACUAUAUUUAGAUUAGAUAUUUUAUUUAUUUUUGGAAGAUGAAUGUCUGAUAAGACCCACCCAAUGCCUUAAUGUCUAUACUGUCUUUAUGUUUUCUAUGAAAUAAGAGAUAAAUAUUCUAUUUCUGUAUGUCUGUUUGGACCUACAUCUCUAUAUUGUUAUUCUGUUGUGGAAAGUAUAAAGCCUAGCUUACCAUUCAAAAAAUAUUAUUUCAGAAAUGUACAGUACUGUGGGGCUGCUUGAGAUCUGAUUUAUCGUAUUGAUAUUAAAGUAUUUUCUUAAUUACUAAUUUCUUAUUUAUUCUAACCUAGUUUAUUUUUUUGUCCAGUCAAAAAAAAGAAAGCGUUGGACUUGAAAGAAAUAUAUUUCUAAAUGUCUUUAAGAGUUAUGCAUGUGUUUAUAACUCAGCUCAGACCCCCACAACACCAGGCAUCUGAAUGCACUGUACCUCCCACAGUUCCUCAGUCAACUUGAGCCUGCAAACCUCACACACUCCUACCUUCAAACCUACGGCCCGCUGUUUAAGCUCGACGCAGGCCGCUGCUCCUGCUGUGAUUAUCAUUUGACAGUACAAACUGUUGAGGUGACGCUGGAGGGGUGGAGCCAGUGAAAAUGUCAAAGAAGUUGGGGCACAGUCGAUAUGGUUUAUGGUCAAUGAAGAGGGGGGAAAGAGGGGUAGCAAGCAAGGGGGACGAGCACUGAGGGGAGAAGGGCUCUUUUUCAAAAUUUCAAAAUUUCAAAAUUUUCAAUUGGAAAUGAUCAUCUCCAGUCAAACCUUGGCAAAAAAAAUGUCAGAUCGCUGCUUCCCAAAUGCUUUGAAACCUCAAAAACGGCCGCCAGAUGGUUUUUAAACAUCAUCUAAAAGCCCUCCAUGGACGUCCUAACUGCUUGGUCUCUGUAUUGUCCACUGUGCCAACUCCAACUGGCUCACAACCCCUUUAGUGUACAGUAGAUUGUAAAACUUUGAACCAUGCCUGAAUGUAUCGCUCAGCUGGUGGGAACACCGCAAAAAACACAAUGUGGUCGACGGUUUUGACCGAAAUAUUGGAGCUGUACCACGCAGAGUGGUGGUAUCUAUUUAUCUUCAGUCUUGAAUGUGUAUAUUGUGUACAUAGAAAGAGUUUAACUAAAACAAAUCUAUUGAAGAUACAUAGAUUACUUAGAUUUUACCUAUGUUGCAAUGAUAUUCCUGUGUAAAGACUUUGGCUACCGAUUUUUAAAAAGGGGACUGGGUUUUUGCUUUGGGGUUGUACAGUGUAUUGUAUGCUUUUCUCCCUCACAGUCUCUGUGACUAUAUGAAAAAGUACUACUUUUAAUACUUUUAUUAUAGAGAUCUCUUUGCCUUGUUGACACACUUUACCUAAUGGCAUAUGCAAUAGUGACAUGAAUACAAUCUAGUUUACAACCGUGGAACCAAAUGUAACAUUGCAUCGAUGAUUUAUUUUUCUUCUUGUGAUGAGCAGAAGCUGUUUUUUUUUGGUUUUUUGCUCCUUGUACAUUUCUCUUUCUGCCAAGUGUUUUGUUUUUGUCGCUGGGAACUUUGUUCUUGACACGUCUCAAAGCGCUUUACCCCCGAUUUUCUGUGUCCAUGGACUGACUCUUCUUUUACAGAUUGAUCUCGGAUUGACUCAGUCUGAAUGUGUCAUUGUCUUCCAUUGUACAUAGUUCAAAAAUAUACUGUUUAUUGUGAUGCUCACAAGAGAUGAUUAUAACGAUUUAUAAAUUCUGGUAGUCGA